AUUGUUUUUUAACUGUUUCACUCAAAAUCAAAUCUGACAAAUGUAUUUCACAAUAAUUAAAUAUCUAAAUGUUGUAGACAUGACUUGACUGUCUAUUACAAAAACACAUAAUAUUUAUUUCUUACUUGAAUCUUUACAAAUCCUGUCCAAAAAUAUUUGAAUGUUAGGUUAAAGUGAUGGAAUUUUGCAAAUGUGGAUCUUACAGGGUAAAUGAACUGAAACCUGAUAAUAUUGACAUUUUUUCCUUGAAAAAUGAAAAUACGCAAAAUACUUUACAGUUAAUUUUCUUUUUCUCAUCUAAUCAAUUAUUCAAUUCAUCCUAAUUGCAGUUCUACAAGAAGGGAGCCCCCAUCAGUGGCAGACAGAAACACCAGCAACAUUUGGACAUGCAGGCCUGCUGAUUCAGUGGUGGAAAACAGACACCAACUAACAGAGUGUACAACAUUGGAGAACAGAGGCCAACCAAUGACGGAUGCAGCGGUGGACAACAGAGUACAGUCAGUGGAAGAUGCAACGAUGGAGGAUAACAGAGUGCAACCCUAUCCGGAAUGUGACGAUCCUGAACAUUUUGGAACUUUUGAUAGUAAUGUGUCAUUGUACUCCGGUUUCGACAAUGGUCUCCAUACAUCUCCAAAGCACCCUGCACUGUCCCAGACCAAUGACGAUAUUCUGAACAUCCCGGCGGCUUGUCCAAGUGAGCUUGCAGAUGGCUACCCAUCUGGCCAACCUAAGGCAAGUCUACUGAUAGUUUUCUUCAAUGCACAAUAACAUGCAAUUAAGUAAGUACAUACCUAUAUUUAUUUCCCCCUUUUUCCCUGAAGGAUGUCCAAUGCUGCAAUGUUCUGACAAGACAAGCUACUGCUAUUGUGCUGACUGCCAGAGAAAAACACCAUCUUUCACAGAGUGGUGUAAAUGAUGUCUUAGUGGCAAUGCAGCAGUACCAAGCUCUCUUGGUGAAAAAUCUGAGAAGUCAGCUGCAAACAGUCUUCCAGCAACAUCAAGGAAGUGGACUUGAAAAGGAAGCUAUGGAAGUAUUUGACCAGAUCGAGGACCCAUUUGCCUCUGUUUCAACAACGUACAGGCAGGAUAGUGUGAUUAAGGAGAAUUUCAAUUUUGUUGAGUCACAGGAGAUUUCUGUUGGGUAUAAAGCUUGCAUGGUGAAAAAAGGGAGAAAAAGACACCUUGCUACAGUGCCCAAAUGUUUUCAUUAUAUACCCCUUAUCAGAAGUUUGGAACAGUUACUAUCCCAUCCAAAGGUUUUGGCAAUGAUAGAUGAGCCACAGAAAUACAGUGGUGCGUAUUUGUAUGACAUCAGUGAUGGCGAUCUCAUGAAGUCACAUUCUUUAUUUUCUGUUCGACCUUCUGCUUUACAGAUAAUCCUUUACUCUGAUGAAAUUGAAAUUUGCAAUCCACUUGGGUCUCAUGCCUCCAAAAAUAAGUUGCUAAUGUUUUAUUAUACUUUGGGGAAUAUUAAUCCUAAAUAUCGAUCAAAACUAGCUGCCAUUCGCCUACUUGCCAUUGCCAAAAAGAGUGAGCUCUCUGAAUGUGGUGUAGAUGGAAUCUUGGGAAGGUUGCAUGAGGAUUUAGUAAUGCUAUAUGAUGGAGUUACAAUUCAAACAGGGAAUGGUGAACGUGAAAUAUUUGGAGCAUUGGUUUCAAUAUGUGGUGACACUUUGGCUCAGCAUGAGGUUUGUGGAUUUAAAGAGGGUGUUGGUUUUGCUUAUAGUAAAUGCCGGCAGUGUGAAUGUUCAUUUGAGGACAUGCAAAUCCAUUUCGAUGAGGAUAACUUUGAGGGAAGGACAAUAGAGAGACAUGUCCGGCAGUGUAGCAACAUUGAGAAGGCCAGCACAGAAUAUCUCAGAAACAGCUUAAAAACAACAUAUGGUAUCAAUAGAAGAAGCAAGCUGGUAGAUUUCCCAGCCUUUAACUUGAUCCAGCAAACACCCCAAGACAUGAUGCAUAUCAUUCUUGAAGGGAUUGCCCCAUUAGAAAUAAAAUGUGUGAUGAAACAGUUAAUUCUUUUGGGACAACUAGACUUGGAUGUCUUCAAUACUGCAUUAACUGGGUUUCCCUACUCUCCACUUGAUAUUAGAGAUAAACCAAGCCCUAUCGCUUACAGCACAUUGGCCUCCAGUGAUAAUAAGUUGAAGCAGUCCUCAGGGCAAAUGAUUGUACUCCUAAAGAUACUGCCAUUUCUGAUUAAUACAGUCAAAGAUACUGAAUACUAUGCAGUUAUUGUUGAACUCAUAGAGAUUGUUCAAAUAUUGUUUGCUCCUAUUAUUGGUCUACAGACAGUUAACAAGUUGAAAAUACUUAUUGAACAGCACUUAAAACAUGUGAAGAACAUUUUUCCACAUAACAACAUCACACCAAAACAACAUUAUUUGAUUCAUGCUCCAUCACAAAUUAAACUGCUGGGACCAAUGGUUCGUCACAUGUGCAUGAGAUUUGAAUCAAAACACUGCUUUUUCAAACAAUGGGCUUCAAAAGUCAAUUUUAAAAAUGUCUGUAAGUCAUUAAUAAGGCAUAAUCAAAUGUAUGAAUGUUGUCAGAAUGUAAGUAGUUUUGACCACCCCAUUUUUUCAAAUGAGUGUGCAUUGGGACCAACAUCAGAAAUAAGCAAUAUGUCAUACUUAAAAGAAAAAGUGAAGACCUUUCUUGGAAAUGAUGAAAUAAAACAUGCAGUAUCUGUUAAAUGGAUAAUUCUAAAUGGCAACAAAUACAUGCAGGAGAAGUCAUUAAUUGUGAGUGCUGUUAAUUCUAAUGAUUUACCAGAAUUUGGACUUGUGAGAAAUAUCUACAUAAUAAAUUCAUCACUGUAUUGUUUUGAAUUUCAGCAGCACGAUACUAUUUGUUUUGACAGAGAUUUCAUGGCAUAUAAAAUAGAGAUUCCAAACAUGGCACAAGCAACACAACUGAUAUCUGCUGAUAACCUUGUAGACUUCACUCCAUUUUACAGUUUUUCUCACAAAGAUAUGACAUAUGUCACUACAAAAUAUUACCUGGGUGAUGUCAUUGGACUACACAAAGCCUCUCUCUCUCAACCCUAUAGUGCCUAAGUGGCACAUAGGGCUCAUUCCACUUCUACAGAUUGCCACAGUGUUACCACUCUUGGCAGUUGGUUGUUUGGCAUCUUUGUCAUCCUCCAGCAUUCACUUCCAUGGAGUUACAAUCUUUGUUUUCAGACUUGCUUUUAAAAGUUCAGAUUUUGGUUGUGACUUUCAGAUGAGUGUAGAUCAGUGUAUGGUUCUGUUAAUGUGAAAUGUGAAGCUUGUUGUCAGUGUUGACAGUGAAUAAAAACAGAUGAAUUCA